UGAAAAAUUCGUCUUUCAAAUCUACUACUAUAUUCAAAGUAAAUGUGGGGCUACGUGAAUCAAAUCCUGAUGCUUAUACACCAAACUUGAUCUCCAUUGGACCUUACCAUAAUACAAAUCCUAAACUUGGCUCAAUGGAAGAGUACAAGUUGCUGUACCUUCAAAGGUUUCUCGGGCGUAAAUCGGAGAUUGAUGUGGAAACUUGGAUUACAUUGUUGGGGAACUUCGAGGAUGAAGCAUUAAAGUGUUAUGAUGGCCUUGGCAAUCAUAAUUCACGCCGAUUUUUAGAAAUGUUGUUACUUGAUGGUUGUUUUGUGGUUGAGUUUAUUCGAGAGUGUUGUCACAUAGAGCCAAGAGAUGCCAACGACCAAAUUAUCAACGCAGAAUGGAUGAUGAACCAAGUAUGUCGAGACAUGUUGUUAUUAGAGAACCAACUCCCUUUCUUCAUCUUAACAAAGCUUCAUGACAUGACUAAUCAUAAGCAUCCUACUGAAAACUUCUUCUAUAUGGUGAAAUCCACCUUUUCUGAUCUUUUCCCAAAAAAGAUGACAUAUAGAUCGGAAAUUGAGGAUGAAAAGUUCGACCACUUACUUCAUGUCGUUCACAGGCUUUGUAGCCCAUCAAAGAAGAAAAUCCCAACCACAAAUGGUAGCAAACAAAGUGAUCAAUGUUGCAAGAUCAGUUUUUGCGGGAAUACUUUGCAAAUAUCAAAAGAUAUCCCCAGCUUUAGUUUUUGGGAAUCCUUCCAAAUUCCAAGUGUAACAGAGCUUCAUCAAGCUGGUGUUAGCUUUUCAAAGUUAGGGAAUCUAGAAGAAGACAGUACAACCUUAUUCGAUAUCAAGUUCAAUAGAGGAUUGAUGGAGGCUCCUUGUUUUGUAGCCACCAAUACAUUUGAGAUCUUCAUGAGAAAUUUGAUAGCCUAUGAGCAACACUCGUCUAAAAUAUUUCCUAAAUAUUUUUCCCAUUACGCGCUUCUAAUGACUCAACUUAUUAACUCAAGAAAAGAUGUGAGCUUGCUUCGUGAGAAGGAAAUCAUACUUAACGGGCUAGGAAGCGACGAAGAAGUGGCUAGCAUCUUCAACAAACUCGCAAUAGGAGUCCAUCUGGUUCCUUCUGACUUCUCUUACGCUGAAGAAUGCAGCAACAUGAUUCAACAUUGUAAAAUACCAUGGAAUCAAAUGAAGGCAAAUUUGAGGCACAAUUAUUUUAAUAGUCCUUGGGUAGGAGCUUCAACUGUGGCAGCCAUCAUACUUCUCAUACUCACAGUUGUGCAGACUGUUUUAGCUUUUAUCGGUGAAGUUAAGAAGUAG